AUGAAAACACUUCUGGUCAUUUCGCUGCUAUUCGCCUCGACCAUUUUCCAAGCCAAUGGAAUAUUAAGGGGCAAAGAUGCCUGGGAGACUGAUGUUUAUUUUAUGGCUCGAUUGUAUGACAAGGUGAACGGUUCUGUGAUUUGUGGUGGUGUAAUAAUCGACAAUGAAUGGGUCUUGACUGCUGCCAGCUGUGCUCAAAAUCCCAUUGGAAUGUGGGCCGUGGCGGGUAGUCACUUUGUGCCACAACUUACUUCCAAUCGCUGGCAACGACCAACCGUAGAUUUUGCUGUUGUCCAUGAGAAUUAUGUUCCCGGUGAAUAUCACGAUGAUUUGGCCCUGUUGCAUGUCAGCGAACCCUAUGUGUGGACGGAGUAUGUGCGCCCAGCUGAAUUGCCCGAACCCAAUACGGUCCCUACGGGUAUUGUGGAUGUCUUUGGUUAUGGUCAUGUGACUAUUGGUUAUCCCACAACAUCUAUGGCCACUGCAACAAGACGUCUAACUGUUCCGAUUAUGGAGUGGAGUGAGUGUCGAGAUUUAUUGCCUGCGAAAUUGGUGACCGAUGAGCAGAUGGUGUGCACCAAGCAAAUUGCACGUCAAUCAUUUUGUCGAGAGGAUGUCGGAGGUCCAUUGUUGAAGAUACGGGAACCUGAACUGCCAUUAUUGGUCGGCAUUGCAGCCUGGUUUUAUGAGCCAUGCGGUAUGAAACAAUAUCCCAAUGUUUAUGCUCAGGUCUCGUUGUAUAUCGAUUGGAUUAUGGGAAAUAUUAAAAAGGUUUAAGAUAUUAAAA